AUGGUGACUGUGAGAACAGUAAUCAGUGUUGCAGCUUCAAAAAAUUGGCCUGUAUUCCAGAUGGAUGUUAAUAAUGCAUUUCUGCAAGAAGACCUACAAGAGGAUGUUUAUAUGGACCUGCCUCGGGAUGCUCUCCAAGAAGCAGGUUAUCUUCAAAGCCCUUAUGAUCAUUCUCUAUUCACCAGAAAAGAAAAUGAUAAGAUUGUCAUUGUCUUAGUAUAUGUUGAUGGUCUUUUAAUCACUGGUAACAGUGGAAGACUAAUUGAGCAAGUGAAAAAUACACUGCAUAUAAAUUUAAAAGUUAAGGACUUAGGUGAGCUAAGGUAUUUCCUGGGAAUUGAGGUGUUGAGAUCAAAGAAUGGUAUACUUCUCAAUCAAAGGAAGUACGCACUUGAAUUGAUCUCAGAUGUUAGUUUAAGUGAUGCUAAACCAGUUAACACACCACUAGAGGUGAACACAAUGCUCACUAUUAUAGACUAUGAUGAACAUGUGGGAGGUGUUAAUGAUCCUAUGCUUACAGACAUUACUUCUUAUCAAAAACUAGUUGGGAAGCUGCUCUAUCUUACCAUCACCAGGCCAGAUAUCGGUUUUGAUGUGUAG